ACCGGACCCCCAGCCCGCCGACCGAACCAGACCCAGCGAGCAACAGCAGAGUUCUGCACCAGGAACGUUUUUGGACGGAACCGCAUUUACCGGGAAGAACUAAUCAGAACCGGAGACAAAAACAGGAAAUAUUUCAAAUUAAAGAGUUGAGAUGGAGAUCUGUCACACUGGAUACUACACAGAAGAAUUCAGCUCACAGGAGGUACCGGCUGGGUUCGACUUUGGAUCUUUUGACCUCGCUGGUGAAGACCUGUCUUUUCUGUUAGACAGUACCGUUUCUGGACAGAACCAGUACGCCGUGGACAGCAGCUACCCAGAACCACCCAAAUCUUCUCACCUUCAUGACUCCAAAGGGAGCUGCAGUGACACGGACCUCUUCAGCCUGAACUCCUGUCAGGACUUUAACUGGUGGACCUCCUCGUACUCACACGAUGGACUCUCUGUGGACCAGUCUCAGACCGGGUACCAGGAGAAUCUGCAGACCUACCAGAACCUGCUGCCCCAGAACCGGCAGUUCAGCCCAGCUGUGGAGGGCAGCCACAGUCCCUUCACAUUAAAGACUGAACCAGAUCAGAACUUCUACGACUCAGACGGACAGAGACAGACGUCAUCCUUCUGGUCUGAAUAUCCAUCAUCCAGCUUCACCUCCCCUCCCCACCCACCUCCACCCUCCCGCCCCUCAAAUCCCACCCCUCAGUCCGCAGAGCACUUCUGUCCCCGUGUGGCCAAACGGAAAACCAUCGCCCCUCAGAGGUCGGACAGAGAUGGUCCAUUGCCCGGAAUGUCCGCUUAUCCAGGUUCUGGCCCGAUCCAGCUGUGGCAGUUUUUACUGGAGCUGCUUCUGGACUCGGCCUGCAGAACGUUCAUCUCCUGGACCGGAGACGGCUGGGAGUUCAAGAUGUCAGACCCAACAGAGGUGGCCAAACGCUGGGGUCAGUGCAAGAAUAAACCCAAGAUGAACUACGAGAAGCUGAGCCGUGGCCUACGGUACUACUACCACAAGAACAUCAUCCACAAGACGGCGGGCAAACGCUACGUCUACCGCUUCGUCUGUGACAUGCAAGGCAUGCUGGGAAAAACGGCACAGGAGGUUCUGAGCAGUCUGAACAUGUUGCCCACAAACUCUGAGUCGUGGCAGCCUUCAGGGGUCACAGCAGGGGUCACAGCAGCCGAGCAGGGCAGCGGGAUGUGGGCGUCGCAGUAGGUCUCAGGACCCAGACACCUGAGAGAAACCCGGUUCUACAGAUGAGACAAGGAACUCAUUUCUUCAGGUUAAAGGAACCAAAGAGUUGUCAUCAAGGGCUGAUUCUGCAGCAGGAAACUCGGAUGCUGCAUUUCAGGGAAAAAUAAUCAUCAUAAAUCCAUCAAACAGUUGUGUUUUAGAGACACAUGGGUGACUUUUCUCAAAUAAAACUUUUACAUCAUGAAAUUAAUUUCCCAUGAAAGUCGAUUAAAGCUCAGGAGCUCAUGAGGAGUUCUGCGGGAGUUAGAAAGCACUACAGACCUGCUGCAGCAUCUGCAGGAGGACACUUUGUAAAUAAUGUUUAUAAGAACACAUGUAGAGUUUUGUGCAUUUAUUUUAUUAUGAAUAUUUUUAGACAAAACUCAUGUCUACCUCCAUGGCUGCUGAGAUUAACAAACAGUUUCCAGCCACUCCCACUGAAGGCUUAACUGAUUUAUGAUGUUUAUCUCUAAAUAAAUUCCUUAAACAA